GUCCGCGCAAGUCGUUUUGUAUGACGUCGGUAAUCGCUCGCUCUGCAAAGUCGGUGCUGCAUCAUCAUCAUAUCAAACACUGCUUCUCCGCAGCUACGCGUAUCGGGGUCAAACAGUGCGCAAACGUUCGGCCAUCGGUACUUCCGCAAACUAGCAUCACAGGAAACAUCGCGUUUGUACCCGCCAGUCUCUUCGGAACCAAGUUUAGCGUGAUGGGAAAACCAAAGGUUGUGUUUGUACUCGGUCCGCCCGGUUCCGGCAAGGGUACGCAGUGUGAGAAGAUAGUGAAAGAAUUUGGCUACACGCAUCUUUCCGCCGGAGAUUUGUUGCGCGAGGAACGCAACCGGGAAGGGUCCGAAUAUGGGGCGCUUAUCGAGGACAACAUCAAGAAUGGACGGAUCGUGCCGGUGGAAAUUACCUGCGCCCUGCUGGAAAAUGCUAUGAACAAAACGAUUGAGGCAACCGGUAACGAUCGAUUCCUGAUCGAUGGAUUCCCCCGCAACGAGGACAACCUGCAGGGGUGGACGAAAAAGAUGGCAGACAAGGUGGAGCAGCAGUUUGUGCUGUUUUUCGAAUGCUCCGAACAGCAGUGCACCGAUCGGUGUCUGAAACGAGGCGAAAGCAGUGGCCGUUCGGAUGAUAAUGCGGAAAGUUUGAAGAAACGGUUCAACACGUACAUCAAUGACACGGUGGCCAUUAUUAAGCAUUACGAGGAGUUGCAGUUGGUGAAGAAAAUCGAUGCGAGCGCCGGUCCGGAUGCGGUAUUCGAACACGUGAAGGCCAUUUUCGGUGAGCAGAAGUAA